ACCACUGUUCACCUCUGCUGAAAUACUUCCUCACAACUCAUCACUAUCUUCAGGUGUUAGCUACUUUUUAUACUAAGAGGUGAAAUGCCUGAACCUUUGUUAAGAGAUUAUGACCUUGGAACUGACUUUCCUAGUUACGGGGAUGGUUUUGAACUGGGUCAUUUGACAUGGGAUUGUAAUUAAUGGUCAGGGUUUUUCUCUAUGUUAAUAUAUCUGUGUCAUGUGCCCCCCCACCCUCCAGAUCAAAUGGACAGUGCCCUCUUUAGCAGUACUUCCACUUAGUUAACUGGAUCUAUUUACCUCUCUUCCUCAGUAGGUGGUAGGGCUACUUCUCAUUUAUGUGUCUUGCUAGAGAAGUGCAGAGGAAGAAUCCUGUCUUCCAAAAUGCCUUGGACAUCUAGUGGGAGCACCCAGUCCAGAGACCUGGAGAAUCAGGUGUGGUCUCCUUGGGCAUUGAGAUUGAUUAUUCUGGUAGGAGGAUCACCAGUACAGCCCUGUAUUUGUCAGAUGUCAGUGGUGGGCUUGGCUCGAUUCAAAGUCUAGACACAGACACCCCCUGGGUUAGUCACACAAGGUUUACUCAUCUAUAGGAUACUAAAGAAAGUCACUGUAGUCAAAAUAUACAGCAGAGCCCACUUGAUCAGAAACCAUGGACAUAUAAGUUACCCCAUACCAAAAAGGUUUUUUUACCAGUAAACACACAGAAUGAGUGAAGGUCUCAUUGAUCCCUUUGGAAGCUUGACUGCCCACUGCAAGUCUGACCUCAUACGUAAACAUCCAGUUGGAGCAGUUCUGCACAUAGUGCUACAGGUUCUAUCUGACCACAUGUUGGAGACUACUUUAAGCCAGGUGUUCCUCAUUGAUCCUGGGGUUAUUCAGAAUACAAAAUGACCUCUGAGUAUGGUAUCCUCAAGGACCUCAUUUGUCAUCUUCAGGUUUCUCAGGCAGAUAAAUUGGGUUCUAGUAUAUUCCUGAACUGAGAACUAUGGAACUAAAACAAAUGUAAGUUUUCUGGAUGUCUCUGGGAGAGCCAGGCUAAGAGACACUGAGAUCAUGUACAGAGAGCCCUCCGUGUAGUCUCCUUUGCUCUGCACAUUGGAAUCCUGCUGAUUUCAUUCAGAGCCAGCAAAUUCCACUUUUGCCUUUCUCCAGAGUGUUCAUGUAGCUCUACUUUAAGUGAUUUGGAACUAUUAUACCUCCAAAUUCAUGUUACUAAGAUUUUGUUUAGAAUUUUUGCAUCUGUGUUCAUGAAAGAUACUUGUCUGUAGUUUACUUAUAAUGCCCUUGGUUUUAGUUUUCUGGUAAAGAUGGACUCAUAGCAUGAAUUGAGAAGUUUUUGUCCCCUUUGGUUUUCUAAAAGAAUUUGUGUAAAAUUGACAUUGUUUCUUCUGUAAAUGUUUGGUAGGAUUCACUAGUGAUUCCAAAUUAAUUUUGUAGAUAUAUGUGGUUUAUGGUAACCGAAGAUAAAUGUUCUCUCAAAUAGUAUCCUCAGCAAAAGCUAAACAGAAUGGUCUUAUUCCAGUAAGUACUUACUGGGCAAUUGCUCUGGUACGGUCUGGGCUGGGACGUGGUGAGUAGUUAAAAAGGAAAUUAUUUAGAAAAAAGAAAUGAUUUCCAUUAUAAAAUUAAGUAAUCUCAGUUAAGAAGUAACUGCCACCUUCUAGCCACAACACUCUAAUUAUAAAGCGUGAAAUAGCUGUGUAUUUUAAAUGGUUGACAUAGUACAUUAUAGUACACAUAUAGUUUGUAUCUUACUAAUCUAACUUUGUAAUUGUAAUUAUCCAUUUUUUUAUAUCCUUCACAGUCAUCUUCUGCUGGCUAUAUAGGAUUCCCUCAAGAGAAUUCAUCAUAAUUUAAAUAUCCUGCAGAUGAGGGAUGGCCCGUUGUCCCCUCUUUUUGUGCUGUAUUAACCUCAGUGUAAACAUCCCGUGGGCAUGCAACUUGUUCAGGAUCUUGGAUUGUAUCUUUAGGAUAGAUUUUGUUAGCAUGGUUCAGCAUUUGGGGAUGGGUGCUCCUCAAACAUUUUGUUUUAUAAAAGAGUGCUCUUUUCUCUGUAUAUCACAGCAACCUUUUAGAGAAACUUCUAGUCAAAAGUACAUACAGCCAUGUCCUAAAAUACGCUUGUUGGGCUUUACAAAAAUUUUUGUUUUAUGUGCCUACUUAAGGUUACAAGGUGUUAUUUAUUGUUUGUUUUCUUCACUAGAAUGUAUGCUCCAGGAGAGCUGGGAGUUUUGUCUUUUUUGUUCAAUGAUAUACUUGAACUGAGAAUAGUGCUUAGCAAAUAGAAGGUGCUCUAUAAAUGCAGGCAGAAGGAAAAAAAACCUAGGGAAAUGAGGGAGGAAAUUAGGAAGGAAAACAUCCUCCUUCAGGAGAGUGUGGCAAGCAGCAGAGACCACCACAUGACUAUUGCUCUCUUCAUUUACUUGGCAGGAAGAUUAAAUGAUGAAGGACCAUUUCUGAUUCUUUGCCCCUUGUCUGUUUUGAGCAACUGGAGAGAAGAGAUGGAGAGAUUUGCUCCAGGUCUUUCCUGUAUAAUGUAUGCAGGUGACAAGGAGGAGAGAGCCCAUCUACAGCAAGACCUAAAAAAAGAGUCACGUUUUCAUGUGCUGCUAACUACCUAUGAGAUUUGCUUGAAAGAUUCUUCAUUUCUAAAAUCCUUCCCAUGGAGUGUUCUUGUUGUGGACGAAGCUCACAGGUUGAAAAACCAAAGCUCCUUGCUGCAUAAGACCCUUUCAGAGUUCUCAGUAGUCUUCAGUCUCCUAUUGACCGGAACUCCCAUCCAGAACAGCCUCCAAGUACUCUACUCUCUUCUCAGCUUUGUGGAGCCUGAUCUCUUUCCCAAGGAGCAGGUGGGAGAUUUUGUUCAGCAUUACCAGGAUAUUGAGAAGGAGUCUGAGUCAGCAAGGGAACUACACAAACUCCUGCAGCCAUUUCUGUUGAGGCGGGUGAAAGCUGAGGUAGCUACAGAGCUUCCCAAGAAGACAGAGGUAGUGCUGUACCAUGGCAUGUCAGCACUGCAGAAAAGAUACUACAAGGCCAUUUUGAUGAAAGACCUAGAUGCAUUUGAAAAUGAGAUGGCAAAGAAAGUUAAACUUCAGAAUAUCUUGUCCCAGCUUCGAAAGUGUGUGGAUCACCCAUAUCUGUUUGAUGGUUCCCUUUUUUUUUCAGGUGUGGAACCAGAGCCUUUUGAGAUUGGAGACCACCUGAUUGAGGCCAGUGGGAAACUUCAUCUAUUGGAUAAGCUGCUGGCAUUCCUGUAUUCCAGGGGCCAUCGAGUUUUACUUUUCUCCCAGAUGACCCAGAUGUUGGAUAUUCUCCAAGACUACAUGGACUAUAGAGGGUACAGCUAUGAGCGUGUGGAUGGUUCUGUGAGAGGAGAGGAGAGACACCUGGCCAUUAAGAACUUUGGACAGCAGCCUGUUUUUAUUUUUCUCCUGAGUACCAGGGCAGGAGGAGUUGGCAUGAACUUAACGGCUGCAGAUACCGUUAUUUUUGUCGACAGUGAUUUCAAUCCUCAGAAUGACUUGCAGGCAGCUGCCAGGGCUCACCGGAUUGGCCAGAACAAGUCUGUUAAAGUUAUUCGGCUGAUUGGCCGAGACACUGUGGAGGAGAUAGUCUGUAGGAAAGCAGCCUCCAAACUGCAGCUGACCAAUGCAGUCAUAGAGGGAGGCCAUUUUACUCUGGGGGCCCAGAAACCUGCAGCUGAUGCUGACCUCCAGCUGAGUGAGAUACUCAAAUUCGGUUUGGAUAAACUGCUGUCAUCUGAGGGCAGCACCAUGGAUGAAAUAGACCUGGAGACGAUCCUGGGAGAAACAAAAGAUGGCCAGUGGAUCUCUGAAGCCUUGCCUACAGUGGAAGGCAGAGUUGGGGAGCAAGAGGAAGGCAGUAAGUGGGAAGUGAGAGUAGAGCAAAUGGCACGGCCGCCCGAGUUAGACAUGAGUGAUAUUGGUCCCCAUAGGAAGUCCUGGAUGGUGCUCCCUGGGGCAUCUUUUCCUACCCACCCUGUUCUUACUUUGGGCACACUGUUUAAGACUUCCUUCCUCCAAGAACUCUUCCUAGACUGACUGGAGAUUGACUGU